CCUGCCAAAGUCCAGGCUCCGGCACCCAAAGCAGGAACCGGCCCUGCAAAUGCCUAGGCUCCGGCACCUAAAGCAGCAACCGGCCCUGCAAAUGCCCAAGCUCCGGCACCCAAAGCAGCAACCGGUCCUGCCAAAGUCCAGGCUUCGGCACCCAAAGCAGGAACCGGCCCUGCCAAAGUCCAAGCUCCGGCACCCAAAAAAGGAACCGGACCUGCAAAUACCCAGGCUUCGACACCCAAAGCAGGAACCGGCCCUGCCAAAGUCCAGGCUCCGGCACCUAAAGCAUCAAGCAAAGUUGCUAAAAAGAAUUAAUUGAUCGUAACAAAAUUCCUUUUGCUCCUAGCUCCUCCUACUAGACAUAAUUAUGUCCUUUUUGUUGCGCUCGCCACUAUUACUGGUGAAUAAUUAGUGUCUACUAUGAACUUUUUGAGAAUAAUGUUCCUUCACAUGUACACAAUAUGAAUAACAUGGUAUUGUGAAUAACAUGAAUACUUUUGAUCAA